CGACCAGAUGCCGUUGAUAGUCAUUCUUAUUUCUUGGUACAGUUCUGAUUGUGAUUUGUUGUGUAAUCUCUGAAUAAGUGAAAUUCCUCUGAUCCUCGGCUUUUCACUUUUUUUUUAAAUUUGGACUCGUUGGAUACUCUUGGCCUUUGUUGGAUAAAGAAAUAAGAAUAAGAGGAUAUAGUUUUUAUCUGUUUUCAGAAUAAAAAGCAAUGGCGUGGCAGCAGGGACAGGCAUAUCCUGGGCAAACCUAUCCUGGACAAGGGCAACCUCCUCCUCCAGGUUUUUAUCCAGAUGGUGGAUACCCCCCUGGAAGUGCAGGUUACCCACAACAGCCUGGAGGGUACCCACCGCCUGGUGGUUAUCCGCAACCUGGUGGAUACCAACCACCGGGAGGAUAUUCUCAUAUGGGAGGAUUCCCGUCGUCAGGCGAUCCGGGCAUAGGAAAAUUUGCAAGUCCUGGCGGUGAUGGCGGUGAAUACGGUGGACAGAACCCACUACCCCAGUUCGACUUUGAUGAUAAAAUGAUUCGUCUCGGAUUUAUAAGGAAGGUCUACAGCAUUCUUUUCCUCCAACUAGCUGUUACUCUCGGUUUUAUUACACUGUUCACUUUUCACGAAGGCACUAAAAGAUUUAUUCUUGCAAAUCGAGGUUUAAGUUGGGUUGCACUCAUAGUGCUCUUUGUGUGUUUGAUUGCCAUGUCUUGUUGUGGAGAUGUGCGUAGAAAGGCGCCAAUGAAUUUUAUACUUCUUGGCAUCUUUACAUUGGCACAGUCAUUUUCACUCGGCUGCAUUGUGGUCGUAUACUCGAGAGAUGAAGUGAUGUUGGCAGUCGGGAUAUGCACUGCAGUGACACUCGCACUCUCCAUAUUUGCAUUCCAGACGAAAAUCGAUUUCACGGCAAUGGGCAGCGUUUUGUUCGUCAGUGUCAUUAUACUCAUGAUUUUCGGAAUCGUCUUGAUGUUCUGGCAUGGAAAGAUAGCGACAAUAGUCUACGGCUGUUUGGGCGCUCUCAUCUUCUCCUUAUACAUCAUAUAUGACACGCAGAAGAUGAUAGGAAAAAACCACAAAUACGCAAUAUCACCAGAGGAGUACAUAUUCGCCGCGCUAAGUCUCUACCUGGACAUCAUCAACUUGUUCCUUUAUAUUUUAACUAUCAUCGGAGCCAGUCGCGAUUAGGAUUAAGUAUGAAACAAAGCUUAAAUAAGAGACUCAUUAAGUUUUCUGUUGUCUUCUUAUUUAACUUGAUUAUUAUUAAACGGAUAAAGAUUAUUUUUUAGAAUUUCCAACCCUUUUUAAUCAAAGUUUUUGUUUUUACUCUUGUCUCGAAAUUUUAGGCUUUGUUUCAAGAAGGAAACAAAAACAAGUGGUUAAGUUGUGAAUUCUUAAUAACAGAAAGAUGCUGAAUAGUAUAAAUAAUUAAGUAUUAAUGUUAUAAUUAAUCAGUGUUGUUCUCCCUUCCUUUGUUAUUGAAACUUCAAAAUUUACGUAAUUGUGCUUUCAAGCUUAAAACAAGCUGAAAUUUGAGCUUAAAAUGUUGACAAUACUAUGAAUUUACACCCUAAAUUCUUAGUUACAUCCGUCAAAUUAAAUUAGCACACGAUUAAAAAAACAACAUAUUUUGUACAUAUUCUUAACCCUAUUCUCAUGAGCAUUACACAAAUAUUCUUAACGUGAACCAAAAAAUAAAUAAAUAAAUUUAAAAAACAUAAAAAUUAGUCAAAAAGGGUGUUCAUAACAUCCAACAAUUUUCUUUCCUCUUUUUUAAGCUAUAAAUGUUGUUUUGUACAGAUAACAGUAAAUAA